CGUAUCUUCGUUGUUCUCAAUCUAGGGUUUCACACAAAACUUUCAACACGCUUUUCCCCCUUCUGCUUCCCCUCUGCAACUAAACCCUAAAUUAAUUUAUUCAAUCUUCUCCUGAAACCUAAACCAGAACUCUAGUUUUAUCCAAUGCAAGCAUCAGAGGGCUUAGAAAUUGUUCCUGCUCAGUCAUGCGCAGAGGUCGUAUCAGAAGUUCUACCAAAGGGGGCUGCUUUAGAUGUUGAAAGUGCAGAAGAUGUAACUGAUAAAACAUGGGAGAUAUCAUUGUUAGAUUCACCUUCGAAGAGUUCUGUUGAGGGUUUAUUUGUGUAUAAGAAUGUUUUUAAUUUAAUUCCUAAGUCAAUUCGAGGUUAUGGAGGUUUGAAGACAUUGAAAUUUUUUGGGAAUGAGAUAAAUUUAUUUCCUUCAGAAACUGGGGAAUUAGUUGGCUUAGAAUGUUUACAAGUGAAGAUUUCAUCACCCAAGUUAUCAGGUUUGCAGUUACAGAAAUUGAAAGCUUUGAAGGAGCUUGAGCUGUGCAAAGUGCCCGCGAGGCCUUCGUCGUUUCCGUUAUUGAGUGAGAUUGCAAAUCUUACGGGCUUGACGAAGCUUACAGUUUGUCAUUUCAAUAUCAGAUACCUUCCUGGGGAGAUUGGUUGUCUUACUAAUCUGGAGGAUCUAGAUCUUUCGUUCAAUAAGCUAAAACAUUUGCCUAGUGAGAUUACUUCUCUAACUUCCCUGCAAACAUUGAAGAUUGCAAACAACAAACUGGAAGAACUGCCUUCAGAUAUUUCCCGUCUGCAGAUGUUGGAGACUUUGGAUGUCUCAAAUAAUAAGCUGACAUCAUUGGGAUCUUUAAAUCUCUACCCCAUGCAAAACCUCCGGAUAUUGAGCCUCCAGUACAAUAAGCUUCUCAAUUGUUGUCAAAUUCCUUCAUGGAUAUGCUGCAAUUUGGAAGGAAACGGCAAAGACAUGAGCAACGACGAAUUCAUUAGCGAUUUGAUUGAAGUCGAUGACGAGGUUCCGACUCAAGAGGUUGAGGGAAGGCAUUUGUAUAAUGGUUCCCAUUGUGUAUCUAGUGUGUCGUCUGAGGCCUUACCAAAAAAUAGAUCCUCUGCAGUAAGGAGAAGAGGAAAAGGGUGGAAACGGCGUGAUGAUCUGCAACAAAGAGCUCGUCAAGAUCGUCUGAACAGCAUUAGAAAGUGGAGAAAUGACGAUCACCAGCAGAUGAAAGUGGAUGUGAAAUGCAAAGAUUGUAAGCUACCUGCUGUUGCAUCGGAGUCCAUGUCCGAAUCAAGUUCUAUUGUAGAGAGUGAGUCCGGCAGUGUGAAAUAUAUUGCUGGAACCACUGAACGGGUAGUUGCUGGCGAGGAUGAUCAUUUUGAUUCCAAAUGUGAGAAAUGCAAGCUACCUGUUGGAGCAUCUGAGUCUUUAACCGAGUCAAGUUCCAUCGUAGAUAGUGCACCUGACUUGGUAAAAGGUCUUGAUGAUACCGGUGAAGACUAUCACCGGCUUUUGGUUGUUCAAGAUGAGGAUGAUAAUAUCAUUGUCGACUCUAUUAAUAAUAAUAAAGAGUGUGAUUGUGACCACGUCGAUCACGAAGAAGUGUCUGCUAGUAACUUUAAUAAGACAGGUGAAGAGGAUGAAUCAACAGAGGAUGAUAACAUCAUUGUCGACUCAAUUGGUAGUAAUAAAGAGUGUGAUUGUGACCAUAACGGUGAGCCUAAAGAAGUGUCUGCUAGUAAGACAGGUAGGGAGGAUGAAGAUUCAGCUUCAGAGGUUUCUAAAAAUAGUUCAAUUUCAAAAAGGCAUUCUGAUGGGUUUCCUGAUAAUCCUAAACCGAGCAAAUCACGUAGGCCUUUUGAUGAAUGCUUGAACUUAUCAAUGAAAUACAGCACCGAGUCAUAUUGCAGCAUAAAAGAUCGUCUACCUGAUGGAUUCUAUGAUGCAGGACGUGAUCGUCCUUUUAGGUCAUUACAAAACUAUGAGCAUCAUGUUUGUCUCAGCUCACGCGAAGUAAUUCUUCUUGAUAGAAACAGGGACGAGGAGUUGGAUGUGAUUGUGAAGUCUGCCAAUGCUUUGCUGUCUCCAUCGAAGCAGCCAAAUGGUGCCGUUGAUAACUUGCAGAGAGCAUCACUUCUUGCUUUAUUGGUUUCAGAUUGGUUUGGAGGCAUUGACAGAAGUAAUCUUAUAAGAAUGACAAGAAGAUCUGCUUCUGGUGUUAAUUAUAACCAAAAGCCGUUUGUUUGCACUUGCCCAACUGGAAAUAGUGAGAAUGCUGAAACCUCUUCUAAACAGAGUACAUGUGCUGCGGAAACUUUUAACUUCACUGAACUUUGUGAGAAAUCUUUGCAAACUAUCAAGCAAGCACGCAAUUCAAGUGUUGUCCCGAUUGGGGCUUUGCGCUGGGGUGUAUGUAGACACAGAGCAGUGCUGAUGAAGUAUUUAUGUGAUCGAGUGGAUCCACCCAUUCCUUGCGAGCUCGUGCGGGGGUAUCUCGACUUCAUGCCACAUGCCUGGAACACCGUUCUUGUCAGGAGGGAUGACUCGUGGGUGCGGAUGGUUGUGGAUGCAUGUUGUCCAAUUGAUAUAAGAGUAGAAACUGAUCCAGAAUUCUUUUGUAGGUAUAUUCCCAUGCGUAGGAUUGAUUUUUCUCUGUCAAGUGAAGAUAUCACAAUCUCAGAUUACUCCUUCCCUUCCAUAUCAUUUUCCGAUGAAGUCAAACAAGUGGCAUUGAGUUCUCUUGUCCGCUGCAAAUUAGGAUCUGUUCAAGCUGUGGCAAAGGUACGGACUUUAGAUACAUGUGGUGCCACAGUUGAGGAAAUAAAAAACUUUGAGUAUACUUGUUUAGGCGAAGUAAGAAUGUUAUGUGCUUUGAAGAAACACCCAUGUAUCAUAGACAUUUAUGGGCAUCAGAUCUGGUCUGAGUGGGUUCAGUCAGCAGAUGGAAAUGAAAAGCAGCGUUUAUUGAAAUCUGCAAUUGUGAUGGAAUACUUUGAAGGGGGUUCUCUGAAGAGUUAUUUAGAGAAGCUUUCAAAAAAUGGUGAAAGUCGUGUUGCGGUGGAGUGGACGCUAUCUAUUGCUAGGGAUGUUGCUUGUGCAUUGGCGGAGUUGCACGCGAAGCACAUCAUUCAUCGGGACAUAAAAAGUGAAAACAUUCUGAUUGACGUGGAUAGAUCAACAGCUGAUGGAAGGGUGCCUCUUAUCAAACUUUGUGACUUUGAUAGAGCAGUUCCUCUACGGUCUUCGUUACACACAUGUUGCAUCGCGCAUGUGGGAAUACCUCAACCUAAUAUUUGUGUUGGGACACCUCGUUGGAUGGCUCCGGAGGUGCUACAGGCAAUGCACAUAAGGAGUAUGUACGGGCUGGAGGUUGAUAUAUGGUCAUAUGGGUGCCUGCUCUUGGAAUUACUUACCCUGAACAUUCCAUAUGCAGGUUUAUCAGAGUCGAGAAUCCAUUAUCUACUUCAGAUGGGUUGUCGGCCGCACCUUACAGAUGAAUUGGAGGGUUUGUCAUCAUCAGAUGAGCUUGAGAUGGAUAGGUCAUCAUUGGAAAUAAAGGCUGAAGGAGGGAUAAAAGCUGAAGUAGACUCUUUGAAAUUCCUCGUUAACUUAUUUCAUCAGUGUACGCGACGAAAUCCUAAGGAGCGUCCAACAGCUAGUUGCAUCUACAAAAUGUUGCAAGCUCAAACAGCGUCUUUUGUCAGAUCUGAGAAGUAAAAAGAAAAAAGCAAUGACAGUAUUUAGAAUCACAACACACCUGCUCCCAAUUCAAGAACCUUGUCACUUUUGACGCCACCCUCGUCUGGAACCCACUAGCUCUGGCACCUUCGGCACCAGCACCAGCACCAGCACCAGCACCAGAUCCAGCAUCUCAACUGAACUACACACACCAUCAGCUGCUCUAGGUUCGAUUCAUCCCCAUCCCCAGAACCUCGCAAUCUUGCACCAUCCUCUGCUUGACUUGAGAUGACAGUUUGCGCAGAUGUAAAUCCUAUUCAAUAAUACCAACUGUCUUGUUCCCCUUCCCUUUAAUUUAUUCACUCAAAAUUUUGUAGCUUUUAAUUUUAGGGUGUCAGCAAUGUAUAUCUAUUGCUCCCCGUGUUAGUCACAAGUUAGGUUAGUUUCCACCGUCUUUGUAAGAACAGUAGUCAUGUAUUGUAAACUAAAAACUAUAUAAGCUUUUAUACAGAGUAAUUUUUAUCUGGGAAGAGUUAGGGGAGUCUUAAAUGUACUAGUUUUACCUACCAGGUUAAUUAUAUCGGAUACGGAGGAAAUUUUCCUGUAAUAAGUUGCUGUAAUUUUUACUUUAUUUGAUGCAAAUCGUUGCUUCAAUAUUGUGGUUACAA